AUUAACUUACUAAACUGUACAAUAGCGGGCUGACCACGUUGGAUUUCUCCUUUUGCGAUUUUCGUGAUGCUCGGGAGUAUACGUCGUCGUCGCCAUCGCACAUAUUUAUCCUUUUCAUGUCUUGAUAGUAAUCUAUACAUUGUCUAGGCAUAUUUGCCUGUCCUUUUCUCGCAAUGGGUCUCCUCUCCUUUUUGCGCAAGAUCUACGACCUUGAUACCCUCGACACUCGCUUUACGAUCUCGUCCACGACCCCUUAUAAAACCGUUAUAGAAGCCCGGGAUGAUCCGGUAGCAAGUAAAGAACGUGCAGCAAAGUGGAAUAGCAAAGCGCCUGCUUCAAGAUGGACCACGCCCGAGUUUUAUCUCUACUACUUGAUCCUCCUCUGGGUUAUACCCUAUAUGUUCUGGGUAGCAUAUGAUUCUUCAAGACCGACGGAGCCGAAAUAUAGGAGAUAUGAGAACCUACUCUCAGAAGGAUGGAUUCCAGGGCGCAAGAUUGAUGCCUCAGAUGCCCAGUAUCGCACUUUUCGAAGUAACAUCCCGUACAUGGCGGCGCUUCUGAUUUUCCAUCCUCUCCUACGCCGAUUGUACAAUUCGAUCGUAUACCCGAUAAAAGCGGCAGGGCAGUCCGCGCGACCAACCCCUGAAGAGGCUGACCAAAGACUAAACCAACGCGCCUCCUUCGACUUCGGCUUUGCGCUGAUAUACUUGGUUGCGCUACACGGAGUUUCAGCCUUGAAAAUCCUCAUAAUUCUUUAUGCGAACUAUCAGGUCGCAACAACCUUACCUAGGAAGUCCGUACCGGCUGCGACAUGGAUCUUCAACGUCGGUACACUUUUUGCGAACGAACUAUGUAAAGGUUACAAAUUCGGGGACAUCGCUACUUUGAUCGCCGGAGCCCCUGUCCAAAACUCAAUUCUUGAUUCGGGCUCUGCAUUGGUAUCGUGGGGUAGAUGGCUCGAUGGCUAUGGUGGACUUAUGGGCCGUUGGGAGAUCCUCUUCAACAUCACCGUCCUGCGCCUGAUCAGCUUCAACCUAGAUUACUACUGGAGUCUGGACCGCAGAAGCUAUAGCCCCGUAGAGAAGAAACAAGUCGACCCGUCCUCCUUAAGCGAACGAGAUCGCGUCUCCAUCCCGGCGCAAUCAAAAGACUUCUCCUUCCGAAACUACGUCGCCUAUGCCAUCUACGCUCCCCUCUAUCUCACCGGCCCCAUCAUUACCUUCAAUGACUACAUAUCGCAACUGCGCUACAAGUCCUCCACUAUCGAGUUCUCCCGCACCCUCCGAUACGGGGUCCGGUUCUUAUUUACCCUCCUCGCGAUGGAAGUAAUCCUGCACUACUGUUACGUGCAAGCCAUCUCAAAGGCGAACCCAGGCUGGAGUGAGUACACCGCCGCGCAGCUAAGUGUGCUCAGCUAUUUCAACUUGCACCUGAUCUGGCUUAAGCUUCUCCUUCCCUGGCGAUUGUUCCGUCUUUGGGCCCUCGUCGAUGGCGUCGACCCCCCUGAGAACAUGAUCCGCUGUGUCAGCGACAACUGGAGCACCCUCGCCUUCUGGCGCUCCUGGCACCGUAGUUUCUACCGCUGGUCCCUGCGCUAUAUAUACGUGCCCCUCGGCGGGUCCAGCUUCAAGAGCCCGCGAGAAGCCGCUCGCUCGAUCCUUACUUACGUCCUGGUAUUCACGUUUGUGGGACUGUGGCAUGACAUCCAGAUGCGGUUGUUGAUCUGGGGCUGGCUGGUCGUGUUCUUCAUGCUGCCUGAGAUGGCGGCCGGUUUCUUAUUCCCGAAACGCAAGUGGGAGGGCCACCCGACUACGUAUCGCAUGUUAUGCUGUGUGGGUGCCGUGGCGAACAUUUUUAUGAUGAUGUCGGCGAAUCUGGUUGGGUUUGCAGUUGGUGUGGAAGGGUUGGAGCGGAUUAUCGCGGAGAUAUUCAAGGACUUUUCUGGGUUGAUGUUUCUCUCGGGUGCUUGCAUAGCGUUUUUUGUGGGCACGCAAGUUAUGUUUGAGAUUAGAGAAUCGGAGAUGAGGCGUGGCAUCAAUCUGAAGUGUUGAUCACCGCGUAGGACUGUAUCCGGUUAACAAAAUAGAAUAUCAUCUCAGAUAAACGAGCUGCGGGCUCACUCACCCAUGUCGUUGUAUCAUAUAAAUAGACGAAAUAGUACAUAGAUAUUUGAGCCAAUCAUGGUAUUAAGUAUAU